UGUCAGGUUUAUUUAUUUUUUGUAUCUGAACCUCACCUGAAAGGGACCUGAGCAGUCACAACCGUUUCCUAAGCUAUUUUAGAAAUUCUUAGUCGUUGGAGGGGGGUAACUGUGGAAAAGGUUGAGGCUGAAACUCUAGUGGCCAGCUCCACACAGUAAUAAGGAAAACGCCAGUAGGUUUGCUGGGAAAUUAGUGUGAGCACAACUGCUGUUAAAUUCUCUGAAUAUAUCAAAGAGCCUUAUUGUUGUACUCAGGUUUUAAUUCCCUAUUAGUUUCAGGAAAUACAUGUCCUUAGAGCAAUGAGAGGAAACUUCGAACGCUUUUCUUCCUCUUGUGCUGGGUGUGGGCUUGGUGCUGCCUAAUUGUUCGUCUGUCUGAUGCCUGUAGUUCCAUAGGGGAAAAGAACAAACCCAUUUACAUUUGUGUCAUUGCUGCGUGCUUUCAAACAUGUGGCCUAGUUUGUUUCUUUUCUUUUCUUUUCUUUUUUAAGAUCAAAGGUGACAAGAAAAGCAGAGCAGAGAAGUGCAGAAUGAUGCAGGGAACACAGAUGUAAAGAACAAAGGAGAGACGAAGGAGCCGAAUCUGGUGUAGUGGGGAGAGAAGAAGCCUAAAUGCAACUCCUUCUAACGCAAGUAACAAUGCCUGUUGAAAGAAUGCGGAUGCGCCCAUGGCUGGAAGAACAAAUAAAUUCUAACACUAUACCAGGGCUGAAAUGGCUAAAUAAGGAGAAGAAGAUUUUUCAGAUUCCCUGGAUGCAUGCUGCAAGACAUGGGUGGGAUGUUGAAAAAGAUGCUCCGUUGUUUAGAAACUGGGCAAUUCACACAGGAAAAUACCAGUCAGGAGUAGAUAAACCUGAUCCAAAAACAUGGAAGGCAAACUUCCGGUGUGCUAUGAACUCUUUGCCUGAUAUAGAAGAAGUGAAGGAUAAAAGUAUAAAGAAAGGAAACAAUGCCUUCAGGGUGUACCGGAUGUUGCCGUUAUCUGAAAGACCUUCCAAAAAAGGAAAAAAACCAAAGUCUGAGAAGGAUGACAAAUUCAAACAAAUUAAGCAAGAGCCAGUUGAAUCAUCUUUUGGGAUUAAUGGGCUAAAUGAUGUCACUUCUGACUAUUUCCUGUCCUCCAGUAUAAAAAAUGAAGUUGACAGUACAGUGAACAUUGUAGUUGUAGGACAGCCGCACCUUGAUGGCAGCAGUGAGGAGCAGGUGAUAGUUGCCAAUCCUCCUGAUGUUUGCCAGGUAGUAGAGGUGACAACAGAAAGUGAUGAACAGCCCCUCAGCAUGAGCCAGCUCUACCCCCUACAGAUCUCCCCGGUUUCAUCCUACGCAGAAAGUGAAACGACCGACAGCGUUCCAAGUGAUGAAGAAAACGCAGAGGGACGACUUCAUUGGCAGAAGAAAAACAUUGAAGGCAAACAAUAUCUGAGCAAUCUGGGAAUGAGGAACACUUCUCAUAUGCUUCCCAGCAUGGCUACUUUUGUAGCCAACAAGCCUGACCUCCAGGUCACCAUCAAAGAAGAAAGCUGCCCACUGCCUUACAACAGCUCCUGGCCCCCCUUCUCAGACAUCCCUCUGCCACAAGUAGUGUCCACAGCCUCCACUAGUAGCAGCCGACCAGACCGCGAGACACGGGCUAGCGUCAUCAAGAAAACGUCAGACAUCACCCAGUCGAGAGUCAAGAGCUGCUAAGCCAUUGACGGUGUGUUUUUUAGCUUUGUUUUGUUUGGUUUUGUAUUUUAUGUUUCUCUAGGAGAGGUUCAUCCCUUGACGCACAUUAGACAAAUCUAAGGUAAAGCCUUGGCAAUAUAAAACGUUGCUGUGUCCGACUCCAGUGCUGGAGUGUUUUUUAACUCAGGACUCCAGCCAUCAGUAUGUACACCUGAACCCAGACGGACUUCCAAGGUUACUACGUAGGAAAAAAACCAAGAACUUUGGCCCACUCGCAGGUUCCAGUGCUUCAUAAGAGGACCAACUGACCACAAGGGAAGUGGUGCUGCUGCGCUUCUUGCUGUCAAGGCUGUGAUGGAACUGAAAGCCUCAGAAUGGAAGAGAAAAUGUGAACUAGCUGGAAUAUUUUUAAAUAAAAAAAAAUCUAUUGUGAAUAUUGUACAUAGUGCAGUACUAGCAACGUUGCAGUCUGCUUCUGCACCUUAUUAAGAAAGCACUUACGAAAAGCCUUUUAUUACCUUGCUCUAAUUAAUGGCACAUUGAAGGUCCCUCCCCACCUAUAUUCUUUUCCAAGGCUAUUCUUGCUAAAGUGUCUUUAAAGAAUAGAGGAAAGGAAAGGAAGGUAGAACUUCCCAUGUGGAUUUCAUACAUUUUAAGACUGCUUUUCUCAUGUUUGUUUCUAAUCUGCUAUGCUUGAAUGCCGCGUGGUACAAUAGGAAGAAAAAAAAAAACUAUUACAGAGAUAUUAUGCAAAUUCCCAGAUUUAAAAAAGAAGAAGAAAAAAAUACUCUAAUUCUAACCAGAGCAAGCUUUUUUAUUUUUUAUACAGGGGAAUAUUUUAUUCAAAGUAAAAUUCUAAAGUGAAUAUAAUUUUUUUUAAUCUUUUCUACAGCAAAUUUAUAAUUUUAAGAUUCAGUCCUUGGUUAUCAGCAGUUAUUACAUCCUUGUGGCACAUUUUUUUUUUUUAAUUUUGUAAAGGUGAAAUAGCUUUUAUGAGCUCAUGUAGCAAUCAGAUUAUCCUGUGGAUUGAUAAUAAAUAUGGUAUAUAGUUAAAUUUU